GGUGGAGAGGACCAGAAGGAAAAGUGAAUGGCCGAGGACUGAUAGUGUCACCCCUUCCCCCAUUUUUGCCUUGUUCACUCUCAUUCAUCCCCCUUGCUGAGCCCGAAGGCCCCGGCGGCGGCCGCAGCGAAGGAGGAGGAGCGGGGACCGUGCCUCAGGCUCUUGCGCCGUGAACACAAAGAUCCCUGUGCGGGGCGCAGACACAAUGCACCAGCCGCCCGAGGCCACGGCUGCCGCCGCCGCCGCCGCCGCAGACCUUGGGGCUCGGAAGAUGGCGCACCCAGCCGCGGUCCCUCGAAGGGGCAGCAGCAGCAGCAGCGGCGGCGGCGGCGGCGGCAGCGGCGGCUCAGCCCCCUUGAGCGCCGCGGGCCCCGGCGUGGGCAGCCACGCCGCCCCGACCGAGGACUACGCGCGGGAGGCAUCGCUUCCCGGGGCGGCGGCCGGGGGGCCGGCGCCGCCGCCGCCCCCGCAGAGCCUCCACCUCCUCUCGCAGGCCCCUUCGCUCCCCGCACCGCCCGGCGGGGCACAGAUGAAGAAGAAGAGCGGCUUCCAGAUCACGAGCGUGACACCGGCUCAGAUCUCUGCCAGCAUCAGCUCCAACAACAGCAUAGCAGAGGACACCGAGAGCUACGAUGACCUGGACGAGUCCCACACGGAGGACCUGUCCUCCUCCGAGAUCCUGGAUGUGUCACUCUCCAGGGCCACCGACUUGGGGGAACCUGAACGGAGCUCCUCCGAGGAGACUCUGAACAACUUCCAGGAAGCCGAGACGCCCGGGGCGGUCUCUCCCAACCAGCCCCACCUUCCGCAGCAUCAUUUACCUCACCACCCCCCCCAGAACGUCGUGAUCAAUGGCAGCGCCCAUCCACACCAUCUCCAUCACCACCACCACCACCAUGGCCACCACCUGCACCACGGCCACCACCACCCGUCCCAUGCCGGUGUGGUCAGCGCUGCAGCCUCCGGAGGGCCCCCCCCAAGCCCCGUAGCCAGGAAACUCUCCACAGCUGGGAGCUCCGACAGCGUGCUUCCAGCUGCACCACCUUCUGCUGCAUCUGCAGCCGGCACACCUGCAUCUCUAAUGACUAAUGUCCGCAAUCCGAGUACCCCUGGCAGUCUAGGCAUAAAUCCUAUUGCUGGCACUGGUACAAUAAACAAUGUGAACGUUUCUGCUGGGGGCAGUGUUAAUCCUAAUGUGACAAACAGCAUGCCUGGCAAUGCGAAUGUCCCCUCCAGUACCAUCCCCAGUACCUCUGGGGGGAGCGCCUUGCCUGUGGCCGGCAGCAGUGUUAAUGUGAAUAUCCUCAGUGGCAUGGGCAACGGGACCACCGCCUCUGUGAGCAGCGCCCCUGCUCAGGCCACCGCAAUGGCUGUGGGUUCAGCUGGUUCAGCUCAGCAGCAGCCCCCUGCAGCUGGCACGUCCAGGUUUAGAGUUGUGAAAUUAGAUUCUAGUUCUGAACCCUUUAAAAAGGGGAGAUGGACUUGCACAGAAUUCUAUGAAAAAGAAAAUACCGCAACAGCCACUGAAGGAGGAGCAGUAAACAAAGUGGUGGAGACAGUAAGACAGAACCCGGUGGAAGGGGCUUCUGAGAGGGAGAGCACUAGUGGCAGUUCCGUUAGCAGUACCGUGAGCACAUUAAGCCACUACACGGAGAGUGUGGGCAGCGGAGAGAUGGGGGCUCCUACUGUGGUCCCGCAGCAAGGCCUCCCUGUCCCGGCAGCCCCCCAGCCAGGGGAUUUUAGUAGUAGUGCUGGUGCCCAGGCUGGGUCAGCAGGGGGCUUGCCCCAGAGUAUUUCUCAGUCACAGAUUGCCCCGGUACAGUUGCAUUCUCAAGAGCUGAAUUAUACCCCGCAGAAGCAAGGAGGUCAGCCUCCUCUACAGGCCAGUAUAAGUGCUGCCACUGGCCUUCAGUCACCCCCAGUUAACCUCAUGGCUGUCCCCCCACCCUUAGGCCAGCAGCCUCCUGUUUCCAGCUUGGCCCAGCCCCACUUGUCCUAUUCUCAAUCAGCCCCUCUGGUGCAGACCCCUCUGCCUGUUGUAGCACCACCACAGUUACAGUACGGACAGCAGCAACAGACUGUUGCCACCCAGGUGGCCCCAGGCCAUGUUCAGUCAGUAAGUCAGAAUCCUGUCCCUGCCUCUAUACCAGAGUAUGUUCAGCAUCAACAAGUUCUGCAAACGCCAGUGCCCUCUCUUCCCCCAAACUCUGCAGGAGUGGGAGCUGCUCCAGCCAUGCCAGUUGGGCAGCCCCAGAGCAUUCAGCCUUCCGUGCAGUCCACAGCAGUUCAGGCCCAACCUGCAGGGGCGCCAAGCCAGCCUCUUGGACAUGGCCAACCAGCGAUGCCUCCCAUAGCUGCCAGUGGUCAAGUUCUGAAUGUUGGUCAGCCAGUGAACAUACAACCGGCCACAACCCAGGUGACAGCCUCUCUUGUUCAGCAGAGCGCCACUCCGCCUUCCCAGGUGGUUCCGCCUUCCCAGCCUGGGAUCAUUCAGGGAAUUCAGGCCAGUACUUCCAGCCUUCCUCAACAGCUGGUCAUUGCACCUCAGAGUAACUUGGUAACUGUGCAGCCCCAGGUUCAAGGAGCAGAAUCUAUAGCUCAAGGAAUAACGAGUCAGCAGUUGCCUCCAGUUAGCCCAUUACCUACUGCCAGCAGUGUCCCUGCUGCAAAUCAAGUUGGAUCAGCUGUUCCCCCUGGAAUAUCAGCUGCUCCUACAAACUUGGGUCCACCUCAGAACAUAGCACAAACUUCAGCUAUACAGAAUGGGAAUUUGGUUCAGAGUGUCAGUCAGCCUCCCUUGGUAGCAACUAACAUAAAUUUGCCUGUGACACAGCAGAUCCCUCUAAGUUCUACUCAGUUCCCCACACAGUCACUAACUCAGUCCAUUGGAAGUCAAAGUGAAGAAGCCAGGCAAUCCGUGGAACACUCGCUAGUUGGCGGACCUCAGACUCUCAGUGGGGAGAGCAGUGGGGGCCUGGCCUCAGGCUCUGAUGGCAGUGGAGGCGCCCUGGCAGCUUCGGGUUCGGCUUCCCUUUUCCCGUUGAAGGUGCUGCCAUUGACCACACCCCUCGUUGAUGGCGAGGAUGAGAGAGGUGAGUUCCGACAAAAGUCUACUAAAGGACUAGGCUUUUAAUGGACUCAUGGCAGGUGGAAGAGACCCUGAAUUCCUGAAGGCUAUGCCAGCAGAGUGCAAGCCCUGUCAGGUCUGGAAAAGCUUCUAGUACAACGGGACUGUCCUCUGAGGACCCACCUGGCUAAACUUGGAGAGGCUCAUCACCAAAGCAUGGGGCAGCAGGUGAGAAGUCUGGCCACAGCAACUCAUGAAAUCAUCUACUAAAGGCGUAGAGGAGUUGUGAUCUGAAUCAGUGGAGGAACUCAACUGCCCCAUUGAUGAAACCACAGAUCUACUGAAAUAUUCCCACAAAGAAGAAAGUUUUUAGAAAAGUUGUAAGAGCCAUAUUUAAGAGUCUCAAGUGUUGUUUCAAGGAAGAAUUUUGCCUUCGUCCAUGCAUAACCUCUAUUCUUUUAGUUUUUCUUAAAAGUACAGAUCUAAGAAUAGCCAAGUAUCCAAUUAGUACAUAUCCAUGUACAUUUAAUUAAAUGCAGACAUUUACUAAAAUAUAAUACAAAAGUAUUUUUUUAUUGAGAAUUUUUUUUUAAUUAUUGUGGUACUUGAAUAUUGAAGCUGCUAUUUGGCCAUUCAGUGAUGUCAUUAUUCACCAGAUUUCACUGAACUGAAAUGCCCCUUGGAAUUCCUAGCCAUUUAAGUCAGACUUUUUUUAUUCAUUAAUAUCACAACAGUGAUAAUUUAAGGAAUAGUUGGUAGGUGACUUUUUUCUUUUUAGCAAGCCUCUAGACAUUACAAUGAUUCAUGGGUUAGGGAAACAUUUCAUAGAGUUGAUGUUUUUGAAGUUUAACUCAACAGUUAUAUGAUUUUGGCAGGAGUAGAACCAUUCUUUUGGGCUUGCAGGGCCCAGGGAAAAUCAGUUACAAUCCACACAAAACAAAGUGUUUUUUAUAAAAGUGAAAUUUGCUUAUAUUGAAUUUGAAGGGCAGCCAAGAAGUUUCUAAAGGGCACUAUAUGGCUUGAGUCAAUAGUGAGUAAUCAAUCAAAAUGGGCAUUUAUUAAGUGCUUGGGUGCUAGGAACUGGUGAUACAGAGACAGAAGUGAAAUAGUUCCUUCUAAGAGCUUCAAUUCUAUUAAGGGAGAAAACAUGUUCAUAUAGAAGUAUAUACAAAAUAUAGUAAAGGAAGAAGAGAACAAACAUCUAUUAACAACUGCUGGGUUCCCGGCAUUCUGCUAAGGGCUUUACAAAUAUCUAAUUUAAUCCUCACAAUUCUGUGAUAUAGGUGCUAUUGUUACUCUCACUUUAUGGAUGUGAAAAUGGAGGCAAACGAGUAAUUUGCUCUGGGUCCUAUGACUAGUAAAAGUCUGAGACUAGACUUGAACUUGAGUCUCUCUGGUCUAGCACUUAGAAAAAGUAAUUUUUUUUUUUUUGCAUAGGUCAUAAAAGUAUGUUUAAAUUUUAUAUGAGUCAUGUCUUUUUUUUUUUUUUUUGAGAAGCAGCUGGCAGAAUCAUCUCCUCCCCAAUAGACUGCCUAGCAACUAGCAGAAUGGAAGAUUUGCCCUCUCCUUCUCCCUAAACAAGGAGUCCUGGGUAUAAUGGCCCUUAUUUACUGUUCUUUAGGGAAGAAUGAUUCUAGAUCAGCAGAAAAGACCCUGGGAAAUGCCAUGUUAUAUGAAUAAUAUAAAUACAUCAGUUCAUUUAUUUAAUUUUAAAAUACAUACAUGCCAAACUACUAAGCGAAUAUAGUAGCAAAAUGUGGUUGAUGAUUUAAUUUGUUCCUUCCCCCUUUGUUCUUCAUCACUACUAUUAAAUAUGUAGGUUGCUGAGCUAAUAGGCAUGAUGCUAUAAAUGUAUCUUUUGAUUCUUGUCACUGAUGGAGGUACAUGUAGGUGGCUUCCUAUAUAGGCCUAUGCAACUGAUUUCCUUGUCAAUGUAGGGUUUUUUUUCCCCCAAGACUUUCUGUCAUGCUUCCCAGGAAAUUUUAGGAAUUUGUGCUGUAGAUGGCAGUAGAGUUGUGCAGAUUCUAAUAGAAUCUAAUAGAAUAGAAUAGGGCCAUAUGUCCUGUACUCAAGGACAUUUGAUGCCCUUGGAAGUAUGUUUAAGCAAACAAACAAAAAAAGAACAUAUCUACUUGUUCGCACUAUGCAGUUGAGAUUUUUAAUUUUUUGUUGGUAGGGCUCAUACUACCUUGUAUGAGCAAUUCUCUUUUCCCUCUUUGCCCAGAUUAUGGUUCUUCUAGCCCUUGAUGUCUCUAUUGAAGUCCCUGUUAAUUUUUAAAAGUCAACUCUGAUUCAAAAAAUAGGUAACUGACAUAUCUAUUCAUUGACAUUUGAAUGGCUAUAAAACAGUGAAAUGUUUUUUUGGGGAAGGAUAAAUAAAUAUAUUUUUAAUUUUAAGGUCUUAGUUACUAGGAAUAUAAUAUAUACAUUAAUGUUUUGGCUUGUAAAGCUUUGGCUUACAGAACAAGUUCUGUAAUAUCUCAAAAGCAUUACCUUUAUACUUCUUUUGUCUUCUAUGUCGAAUGUGAUAACAAUGCCUUUAAAUGUAAAGGAAUAUUUUACUCAUGGUUUCAGUAACCUUGUGCUAGAAUUUAUUUUGUGCUAGAAUUUAUUUUCAUAUCAAAGUAUCAAUAGCCUAUUAAAAUCAGUUGUCUCUAUAGUUUAAUCUACUUGGCCCAUAGAAUUCUCUGAAAGUCAUCGUUCAGUUUUAAGCAAUUUUGUACAUUUCUUAUGUUUUCUUUCACAUGCCGACAUUAUUAGGUGACAAGAGGGCAUUGGCUUUUAGGUUGAUAGGCAUUGUCAUACAUAUAGUGGAAUGAGUGCUGCUUUGGAGUCAGUUCAGAUCCCACCUUCUUUAUUUAACUAACUGAAUGAUCAUGGGGUAAGCCAUUUAACAAAAUCUCUCUGAGAUUAAUUUCCUCAUCUGUAAAAUAUAUCAAUACUUAUAAUGUUCUAGGGUGAUCAUGUGAGAUCAGGCAUAUAAAUACUUAGCAAAUGUUAAAGUGUACUAUACUAUUAAAUAUCAGUUAUCCUUGUAUGCCAUUCAUAUAAUAGGUGUGAUCCAUCAGUAAAUAUAUCUUAGAUGCUUUAGACAGGUAGUAAACUGAACACAGAAUUGAAAAGGAAGGAGAAUAGGCUAUUCUUUUAAUGGUCCUAAGCUUCUCCCUGUAACAGUCAUCUUUUUUAGCAUCCAUAUUCUUCCACUGUACAUGGUUGUGAAACAUGGAAUACCAGUCUCCAAAGAACUAAAAGUCACAGGUCACCCAAAGGAAAAUAGAGAGAUGGUUGAGAUGAGUAGACUGCCAUAUAUUAUCAAUGAAGAGGUGAUCAGGAAGGAUCAUUGCAACAGACUUAAAUGACAUAUGACCAGAAAAGGAAAUGGGCUAGUCAGUCAGUAAACAUUUAUCAAGAUCUAGAUGUAUACCUGGGGGUAUACAUACAUAAUAAUAUAACUGCAAAGUGCUGGGGGUACAAAGAAAGUAAUAGUCCCCUGACUUCAACACUCUUCAUUUCACUGGUAUUUUGGACAGAGAACUCUCAAUGAGAGAUCUAAUAUAUUAAAGUAUCAUUAUUGAUGUUAUUAUUAUAGAGGUUUUCUAAAGAACAUUAGAUAUCAAUCUGAAGUGAAGUUUAUAAUGGAGUAUUUCUUUGCUCUGUUCUUGGUCCUAUUAUUAUGUAACACUUUAAACAGUGACUUAACUUAGACUUAUUAAUUGUUGGUUGACAGAAUUAGUAUCCAAAAAUAUUUCAGUGAUCUGAAAGGAUGUUUCAAAUAUAAUGUGAAGUUUAAUGGAAAUUUAAAGAAUUAGCCUUUAAAAAAAAAAGAGAGAGAAGGGUUAGAAGUGACCACAAAGCUGAUGUAAAAAAGACCAUUUAUAAUCAAAUGUGAACUUAUUAUGAAAUAAUAGUAUGAUUAGGCAACCAAACAGGAAAACAAUCUUAGGCUGCAAUAAUAAAAGUAUAGAGUCCUUCCUGAUCAGACACUAUCUAGAAUGUUGUAUUUAGUUCUUGCCAUUUGUGGAAAGAUAUUGGCAUUUAAUCCAGAUGGCAGAGGUCCUUGAAACCAUAUCACAUGAAGACUUACCUUACCCUUAAUUAAGCCUACAAAGACUUAGAAGAGAACAUGAUCACUGUGCCUAAAUGUUUGAAGAGUUGUUAUGUGGAAGUUGAAUUUGUUUUGUUUAGAUUGUCUCUGAGAAAGACAGUCAGGAUGAUUGGAUGGAAACUACCAGCAAGCUAUUUGGCUUCAAUUUAGGGAAAAAUUUCUUAUGAUUAGAAUUUGCUCCUCCUAAAUGUAAUGGUUGGCCUCAAGAUGAAUGAGUUCUUAUAAUUGAAGAUUUUUCUCAAGUGAAAGAGAACUACUUGCUGAAUAUUUAGUAAUGAAGGGUAUUCAUGUUUCACACGUAGGCUUGAGUUGUCACUUAAUAGCAGAGCCUUAGUUUCCUUAUCUAUAAAAUGGGGAUGAUAACUUCUACCUAAUUCUCAGGCUUGUGAAAGCUAAUUAUACAUGAGUGUAUUUGUGUGUAGUGUUUUGUAACUGUAAAGUGCUUCAAGAAUAGGAGCUUUUCUCAUUAAUUAUUUUGAUUACUAUAGAGUUAAGGGUUUGGUCUGGCUAUGGAUUGAACUCAUUGAAAAAUAUUUGAAAUGGGAGUUGAACGUAAAAUGAUGUCCUUUUUAUCUUGAGACCAAACUUCUGGUAAUCUACACUCUGGAACAUAGCCUAGAAAAUGAGGGCUUAAAACAUCUGAAAGAGUUAUGACAGAGCCCUUCCAGGAAAAUUCUGUAUUUGGUUCCAUGGUCAUCCUCUUGGACUCCUUUGCCUUUUAAGAAGCUAUGCUUUUGUUAGCAUUACUGCUUCUCCCUCCAAUACAGAACACAACUCUUUUUAAGACACUGAAUGGUUUUCAAGACUUGUGGUUGGAAAGUCAGCCUUGCUUUUUUAGUGCCUUGGGAAUGAACACUUCUGAAGUUAGAUUGGCUGUGAGACAGGCAGAUAAUCUGGCUUAAGGUACUGCAAGUUUUAAAAAAAUUUAAUUUUUAAGAAUACUAGUUGUUUUCUCAGCUAUUCCUUGCUAUGUGCCAUUCUAUGAUGCUUUGAGUUCUCUCUUGUACAAAAGCCAGAAAACCAAAAACCAGUUAGUCAGAACUUAAUCUUGGAAGGGAGAGUAUAUGUAGUAUUCUUCUCCUGUAGUCUGCCAUCCAUCUGCUCUAAAAAGAGGGAAGUGUUGUUUAAGCAUUUGUUUUCCAGACUAAUUGUUGCAAUUAAUUUAUUUGGCUGUAUUUUAGUGUCAUUUUCAUUUAUAUUAUUGGAAUCGUGUAUGUUUUACUAUUUAUCUUACUUUGUCAGUUCUUAUGAGUUUAUUGUGAUCAUCUGAAUUUCUCUUAUAAUAUUACAUUGAAUUCAUAAAUGCUACAGUUCAUCUACCCAUCAUCCAGUUGAUAAGCAUCCAACUUCUUUAUUUUUUUAAACAAUUAUUUACCUCAAAUUCUGCUAUGAAUAUUUUAACAUAUUUUGGACUGUUUUCACCCUCUCCUCUUUUGGGUAUAUGCACAAUAAUGGGGUUGAUGAGUCAAAUGAUAUGAAAAGAGUUGGCUUUUCUUUAAAAGUUCAGGUUUUCCUAUUUUCUACCAGGCACAGACUUGAACUCAUGUUUAACCACAAAACAUAAUGAAGUAUUGAGGAGGAAAUGAAGACUCAUAUUGACGUUAAAUUCUUUCUUGUUUUUCUUAGACUCUAGUCAAUUUGGAGGGAGUUGGGGAUAGAGGAGUAAUGGAGUUACUGAUGAAGUAUAGACCCAGUGAUAGCAAUAGAGGGGUCACUUAGCCAAUUAUGGAGGAAGGAAACAAAAUCGAAAAAGUACAGUGCUAAUGAAUACAAUAGUUGAUUUUCUGUAAGGAUGACUAUGGAUCAUUAAGAAAAGGUGAAAUUAUUUUUGCAAUCCUCUUUUCCUUCCAUUAAAAUCCUCUGACUUAUCCUGUUGGAGUGACAAAGUUCUCGCAGAUCUAUCAAACUAGAAAGCUUGUGAAUUAUAUAGCCUGGUAACUGUGCUGGCAGUUGAGGACUGACUUGUCAGGAGAGUUUGGAGGCUUGCCAAUACAACUGGCUGCUGGAUCAUGGUUAUUUUUUAGUUCUAGCACCUUGUGAGGAAUUGUACCACGAGGCAGGAAGAAAUUAGGAUCUACUUUGUAGUUAAAAUUGUCUGAGAAACUAGUCUUUAUUUCUUAAACACUGACAUAUCUACUAUGUAAGGAAUUAGGGAAGCAUAUGUAUUUUUCAAAUAUUUCCAUCAUAACUAUUUCCAAACUAUUCCACAAAACUUAAAAACCUUCAGUAAUUUGGGGAAUUUGAUUAUGUAUAAUGUCCUUGUAUAAAUGAGAUAUUACUAUAUCAUAUAUCAGUGAUGGUGAACCUUUUAGAGACAGAGUGCUAGCAUUCCCCCCCCCCCCCCAAGAGUGUUGAGCCCUGCCCCCUCCAUAACCCAUACAGGGGAGGGAGAAAGUGCUCCCAUUGGGCUACAGGGUAGGGGGUAGGGAAUGAGAGAAAUGUCUUUAACACAGGUGAAGAGGGAGGAGGGGAGUGGUCUGAGCACUCUGCUCCCCUCCAGUUCUGCCACUUGUGAACUUCCUACUUCACCCUGUGUGUGUGUGAAAAAAAAAACAAAACAAAAAACAGGUGUGGUGGAGUGGGGGAGGGGAGCAACUCUCCCCAAGACCCUCUGCCUUUCUAUUAACAGACUCUUGGGGGAGGAAGGGAAGCUGUCGUAUGUGCCCACAGAGAGUGCUCAGUGUGUCAUCUUUAGCACCUAUAUCAUAGGUUUGCCAUCACUGAACUAUAUUAUUACUAUGUCAUAGAAUCAUUUAAAUUUUUUGCCAAUACCUCUUAAAACAUUUAGGCAAUCUUGUGUUUUCUUUUAAUAUUUUUCUUUUUUGUUUUCUUUAGCAAGUUUAUUUAACUUUUAGGUUAUUUAGUAUACAUUAAAAGGGUUUAUUACUCCCAGAGCUUUGUAUGGAUAUUAAAAGAUUGAGCAUAAUUACAGUUUUACCUGCCUGACUAAAUCACUUACAAGUGACAUUAUGGUUCAGUGCCCAUUUCUUCAUUUAUUAGCAUAAAGAAAUUGCUUGGUCUUAUUCUGUAUUCCAGGGCUAGUAAGGCUCUUUUUUUUUUUGUCAGUAGAGUUCUGUAUGUCUUAAGCAAGAAAAUAAUCUCUAUACAGAAAUCACUUGUAGUAACUAAAAAACUAGACCAUUUCAUAAUUAUUAGCAAUAGUUUUUUUUAUUUUUAGUGGAAACGUAAAAUACUUAGAUAGCCUCAUUUGAUCCUCACAUUAACUCUGUGAAGUAUGUGCUUACAGGUAUUAUUCUCAUGUUAAGAUGUGGAGGCAAGGGUAUUCUGACCUGUAAUGGGUUUACAAGUCAGUUAUACACACUGAAUAUAGCUCCAGUGUGUGAGUGGGAGGCCAGAGGCUGCCCAAGGAAGGGAGAAGGGACUCAUUAGGAAACUGAGCUGAUCAAGGUUCAGUAUUGGGCUCAGGCCCAUGAAAGGCCAUGGUGUAUCCAAUAUGGAUGAGAUGAGAAGACACAUUCUCAAAAAAAAAAAAAAGAAACUAAGGCUUAGAGAGUUUGUGAUUUCCCCAAGGGGGAAAAAACAGUUCCGAAUAGGGAAAGUGAGAUUCAAACUGAGCUCUCCUGGAACUAAGUUCAGUGUUCUUUUUGUUCUACCAAGCUGCCUCAGUGUAUGGAUUACAUGGAUUACUAGGAUUUUACCUUUUGUUAAGAUGUUAAAGGAUCUUAGAUUCAUUUAUUUUUUGAAGUAUUUUAGUUAACUGUUUUUCUUAGAUCUGCAUAACACAAUCUUCUUGCCCUCAUUCAGAUGUGUUAACAACAAUCCAGUAAAGUGUAUAUGUGUGAUGCUGAAGAUGUUUUGUACUUUUAAUCAAUUUUUAGUUAUGAGCAAAAAAAAUACUUAUUUUGUUCUCAGUUUGUUGUAUGCUAUGUAUAGUAGGACACAACUAGGCAUUGUUUUUUCUGUUUCAAAAUGAAUGACUUUUCUUUAUGGCACAGUGAUAAGAGAUGAACUGGCAGCCAAGAGGCGGUUGCUGCUGGACUCAGUUCUGCCAUCCAUUUGUACAGUUUUGGGCAAAUCACUAACUUGUCUGAUCUUUAGUUUCCCUCUUCCAUCUCUAAAAUCCUGUUUACAUAUUCUGUGACUCUUAAAUUAAUUCUUUCAGAACAAAGCUCCUUCAUAACAAAGUUGGGCAUUUUUGCUACUUAUGUGUGGGAGGGUGAAAAGGAAGUUCUGGUUCUCAGUCUUAGAUCAUAACCAUUGCUGUAUCCACUUUGUUGGUGUUGACAGGUUCUCAAUGCUGUGCCCAGCAGCAGCCUUUUCACUUGGAAGAGAGGACAAAAAAGGAGGAAGCUCUUUCUCUAUUUCUCGUUCUUGUUUCCUUUUCUUUUUGACUUUUUUGAAGUAUCAUUUCUUGGGAUGCCUUCCUAUUAUUGAUCCUUCCCAGGGAGAAGGAUUAAGAUAAUUCAUAGUACUGGUUGGUACAUUAUUUGGAGUUUACCUACAUUCUUAAGUGAUAGACUUAAGAUGGAAAGAAUUUAGAUGGAUUUGGAGGGUCACAAAUGUGACUUAGCUUUACUUUUUUAGCCAAGCAAUUCUUGAAGCCUCUAUAAAUGGGGAAGAUAUUUCUUUCAGUGUUAAAGAUUUUGUAGUAGCCAGUCUGUUUUUAGCUAGUAUGGUAUUUUCAUUCUCUAAUCCCUUUUUGUAAUGCUUUGGAAUUGUCAUGGUGACUUUCAUAUUUCUGUCUCUGGUAAAACAUCUUAUUUUGAUUAAAGUAGAUUCCAUUGAAAUAUAUCCACAUGAUAAUACCCUUGCUUCAAUCCUUCAGGGUUGUAUGAUUUUCUAGGGAUUGGCACUUUGACCUGUGCAAGAUUUUAACUUGUUUAUAUAUUUCAUUUAUCAUCUUGUAGGCCAACUUUGGGUUAUUGGACCUUUUAAAAUUCAGACAACCACUUAAAUAACAGAAGUCUGUCUCCUUUUCAUUCUCAAAUUUUCCAGUUUGUUAAAACCUGAUGCACUCUCUUUUUCACUGGAAUAUCCUUGAGAAUCAGAAUUGCCUUCACAUCAAGUAUACAUUGUAGUUAGAUUUCAGUGGAGAGCUAGGGAUAACAGUUUUUAAAUUAGUUCACAUUUUAAAAUUGUUUUAUAACAAUUCUUUUUCAUUUUAGUCAAUUUUGCUAUCAUUUAAAAAUUAAUAUUGUAAAUUUCACUGCUAUGUUAAUUUUUAUACAUUUUGCUAACUUUUUAAAUUCAUAGGACUUGUAUAAGUUAGUUAGGAUGUUGUAUGUUAAUCGGAAAGGAAGAAAUAUUGCUUUGGAAGGUAAGGCUUUUAGGAAAUAUCAACAAAUUAUAACUCUGCCAAGAAAUAAACAAAUUCAAUUAAUUUUAACCAGUGUUCUUCAAGGCCCAGGUAAUGUACAAGUAAUUGGGUUAGUCCCUAGGGAUACAAAGAUGAAAAAUCCCUGCCUUCAAAGAUCUUACAUAUGGGUAUAACUGACCUUAUUCAUCAAAAAGCUCCCCUCCAUCAUGUCUAUUUUUCUGACUGUAUUUCUGCCUUAACUUUUUAAGCCUAAGAAAUAAGUUGCCAAGCUUUCUUCGAAUUUUGGAUGUCUACUUUAUUUCUUACUUGAAAUAUUGCCUAAUAUUAUAUAGUCCUUGACUUUCAAAGCAAAUCUUGUAUGUAUUGGAGAGUUUAGGGAUUUUUAAAGAUAAUUUAGCCCAACCUCUCAGAAUCAUAAAAUACUGGAUUUGAAAGGAGAACCCAGAGGCCAUUUUUCAUCCAUACCUGAGUAAGAAGCCCUUUAUGGCUUAGUACUGAGUUUUAAUAAAAUGACUUGUCAUGGUCAUAGAACUAGUUAGUGGUAGAUCUGGGACUAAUCAAAUCCAGGGGUUCAUGACAUAGAGAUAUGACAUUAAGUGACCUCAGGUGGCUUUUUAGAAAUUACCAAGAAUAUAACUUUGAUAAUGAGUUUUUUUGAGAAGUCACAAAUGCAUUAGAAUAACAAAACUUGAUGAGUAUGUUCACCUGCACAUUUGUAUAAUGGGAUUACCAGGUAUUCAUUUGUAUAGUUUUACAGUAUUGAAAAUUUAUUGAUUGUGUUUCUCAAAGUACAUUGUUGUACAUGGCUUCAUUUAAUUCUUGAAACAGUCUGGACAUUGUUGUCAUCCUCAAGGAAACAGAUUGAAAGACACCAAGCACAAAUGGGAUAGCAGAAACCCACACCUAGGUUUUCUGAGCCACCAUGUUCUCCUUAUUAUAUUAUGUUCUGUAUCCAGUGUAGUUUUUAAUACAUAGGUGACAUCAGCAUUAUGUUCUCACUUUUGUCUCUAACAAGGACAAAUAAUGAAGACACUGGCAGUUGCAUUGUUGUUUCUUAAGGGAGCACACCCCUAAAAUACUGUCUUGUUUCCCAUUGGUGACUAUUUGCUCCUUUGGAACAUUGUAUAGAGCAUCAUUUCAUGUAUAUGUACCAUCCUAAUAGGAAAAAUUUGUUAUGUCAAAGAUAAAUACUGCCUUAUAUUGUAAUAUUGGAAACUAAAUUAUUGUCAAAAGAAAGACAAAAUGUUUUGCUAUUAUUCUUAUAACAUUUUGAGAAGAGGAAAAAAACUUGCCAAAUUUGUAGCUUUUAAGAUUGCUACUUUAAGUAUUAGACUAGACAAAGAUGAACAAAGUAUUUGCUUUUAUUAAAGCUCAAUAAUCUGCUUUAUUGCCUUUUAGAUCAUUUUAGACCCAUAGUAUAGUUUUCUUCAAAGGAAUGAAUAAGCAAGUGUUAGGUUCAGUUGGGAAAUAUCUAUGUUUGAAUUUUGUUUAUUAGAGGAAUUAAAAGGUAAAUGAAAUUUCAUUUACUAUUGAAAAUCAGUAAGUGGUUUUCAUGUUGCCAUUAUGUAAUGAGAAUUGGUCAGUAAUCUAGAAGAUGUGAAAGUUAUGAGAUACGAUAUAAUUUUUCCCUUCUGACUUGCUUUGAGGAUCUCAGAAAAUCUGCAGACCUUGUAAUUCAUUUUUUCCAGCCACAAAAAGGAGUAGAAUACUAGUAAUCUACCUCUUAGAAUUAUGAGAAAUACAAAAUUAUAAAAAAAAUCAAGGCUUUAAUACAACAGUGUUAAGUUAUUAAUGUUUAACAUAAGAUGAAAUCUGUAUUUUUUCCUUUUUUAAGCAGCUAAUUUAGUUAAUUCUAUAAAAAUCCCACUUUAUGUAGUUAAUUUAACUUAGGCAUAAUCAUGAAAAUAACAAACUUACAUUUUAUCUAGUGUUUUAAUGCUUAUGAAACAUUUGAUCGUUUUUAAGCCUUGUGACAACUUCAUUAAGGGAAAUGAGUAGAUCACUGCUUAGUUGGAAAAUGAGGAAAUUAUGGUUCUCAGGCACAGAAUGACUUGCUUGAGCUGACAUAGUUAGUGAGCAUGGAGAUGGACCAGGCCCUCUGAUUCCUAAAUUUAGUGUUUUCUAACCAUCAUAAUAUGUGAAAAGAUCAGGGAAUCACUUCUGUUUUUGGACACUAUUAAACUGGAAUGGUGUUUCAUUUUACUAAGAUUCCAAAAAUGUGUUUUCAAAAUAGUCUCAAAUAACUUUAAAUAAAAUAGUUUAGUCAUUGGGCAUGAAUUGGCAAGUAUCCAAAUGUCUUGUAAAAACAUUUUUAAAGAAUGUGAAAAAUAUAAGGGAAUAAAUUUUUUGUAAAAAUUUUAAAAGUCUUUUUAGUACAGUCACCUAUAAACUAUAUUAUGUCUUUAAUUUCUUUUUUUUUUAUUAAGCACAUGAGAAAGUUCAGUAUGUUUAAUUUUUGGAACAUGGAAUUCAGUUUUAGUUUAAAGCAUAAAGUUUUGUACUGCUUAGAAUCUUUCAACUUGGUUUAUGUUAACUAUGUUGACUAUGAAUAUCAUUGACAGAUGUUGGUUAUGGUUCUUUAAGAAGACUCAUCAUUGUCAUCAUCAUAUUUAAUAAAGAUGGAAUUUUUUUGAAGUGUAUAAGAAAGAUCAAUACUUAGGUUAAAGGAAUUCCUAAAGACAAUAAGGAAAAUGAAAAUUGUUUGCUGUUCAAACAUAAUAUUUUUUUUCCAUGAGGAUAGCUCCUGUUUUGUAAACUACCCUCACAAGUGCAGAUCUAUAUGUCUUCUGUAACUUAGUCUUUCUUAAUUGGUUGGAGCACAGAAAGAAUAUAUCUUGCCCAUGGCCACACAACUGAAAUAUAUCAGAGGCAGGAGAGUGAAGGAAGCAAAGGAAAUUAGCAUUUAAAAAAAUUUAUUGAUAGUUUCUGUUUCUUAUAUCACCAUAGCCUCCCACAUGUUCCUUUCUUACCCCUCUCAGAGAGCCAAGUAGUAUAUUUUUAGAGGGGAAAAUAAAUCAGCAUAAUUGUUUGAUACAUUGAAAAAAAUGCAAACACAUGAAGGGGUGGGUUGGCAGUAUCUUAAUCAUAUCUCUUCAUUUAAAUCUCACUUGAUAUUUACAAUUUUAUUACAUUUACUUUUUUUCAUUAAAAAGACCUUUCUUUUGGUCUUAGAAUCAGUAUUAAGUAUUGGUUCCAAGGCAGAAGAGCAUUAGGUGGUAGAAGGCAGUGGUGAUUAAGUUAUUUGCCCAGGUUCAUACAGUUAGGAAGUGUUGGGAGACUGGAUUUGAACCCAACAUCUCCCAUCUCAAGAUCUGGCUUUCAAUUCACUGAGCCACUAGUUGCCCCUGUUAUAUUUAUUUUUGCUUUUUUUUUGGUGUGUAGUUCUUUCCAUUUGCUUUUGUAAUAAAUAAAUACAUAUAUAUGUGUGUAUAUGUAUAUAUAAUGUAAUGUAAUAUAAUAUAUAUACACACAUACACACAUAUAUAGUUUUCUCCACCAAUUCAUAUAGAUGCUUCUCUGUAUCCAUCAUACAUAUCAUUUCUUACAGUGCAGUAAUAUUUUGUUAUAUCCAUGUACUACAUACAGUUUGUUUAACCAUUCCCCAGCUGAUGGGCAUCCCCUUUGAGGAACACUCUAUCAAGUGUUUCCUAUGUGCCUAUCACUGAGCUAAACACUUUACAAAUAUUUCCUCAUUAGACCCUCACAACAACCCUGUUAUGAUUCUUAUUUGUACAAUUGAGGAAACAAGAGACAAAGACUAGACCCAAGGACUCAGUAGGCUCUCUGAGCCCAGGUCCAGCACUCUGUCCACUGAACCACCAAAUGUCCCUGAAACUAUGGCUAUCCGUCUAUCCAUUCUACCAUCCUGUCUUUUCAGUCAAAGAAUUUGAAAAAGGAUAAAAAGUGGUGUGCUUUCAGGAUAAUUUUAGAAGUACUCUCCUUAAGAAGCCUAAUAUAAUUUGUGACAUAAUAGGCAUUGUACCAGGAAAAUAAAUACGAAUUUUAAAAUGAUUUUAAACUACUUACAUCUUAAUUACUUCUCAUCAUUUGAUAUUUGAUAUUGCCUAAUUAAUGCCUAUAAUUAAUUUCUUUAUCACAGUGAGCAGUCAUAAUAUUAAGUACUUUUGUUCGCAGUUUUGCCACAGAAGUUUUGAACAGCUUUAAAAAACAAAAACAAACUAACAACUCCCUGCUAUUAAUCUGGUAAUUGUUUCUUUGACUUCCAAGCAGAUCAGCAAGGUAUGAAGUAGCUCCUAUGGCAAUAAAGAAGCCAGAUUUGAUUAUUUAAAUGAAUAAUCAGUCUGGGUUAUAGGUUUUGAAACUUGUUUCAAAAUAGUUGUGACUCUAAAGUUGUGACUUCUUUGUCCUUGGAUUAGUUCCUGGAAUCAAUUCCAAAAAUGUUUACAUUAUAAAAAUGUUUUAAAGAAUAGCAGAAGCAUUAGAGUGAGGGUGUAGAUGCAAGUCUCUAAAAAACAGUUAAACUGAAAUGUGAGGUUUUAUUCUAGAAUGUUAAGGCAGCAUCAUUACUUUGUUCUUUUAGAAUAAAUACUAAAGGCUAUGUUGAGUUAAUUGAAAAAAAAAAGCAAAUUUACAAAGAGCAGUACCUUCUGCCAGGAACUUCUGCUGCUAUAAAUUAAGGUAUAAUCUCCGCGUAAUGGAGAAAGGACCUUUGCACAACAGAAGUAAUUAUUUUUGGUAAUUUUGUAGCAGAGUGGAAUUUAUGCUAAAUUUGGAGUCAGGAUAUAUGAGUUUGAGUCCCUGUUCUGCCAUUAUGAUGUUACCUAGAGCCAUUUAACCCAAAUCUCAGCUUCUUCAACUGGAAAAAUGAGAGGAUUGAAUUCAAUCUAUAAUACUUCUCCCAGCUCCAAUCUAUUGGCAUAAGAUACUAUGACAUUUGUCGAAGUAUAGGUCUCCAAAUUAUAAUUUACAGCAAAAAAAUGAGUAAGGAAUUAUGUUUACAUUUAUAUUUAGUAUAUUUUUGUUCUGGAAGUUGUUGAUUAGCACUAUGAACUUUAAAGAAUUGUUGACCUUUCCCCUCUGAUAGAAAAUGUAAAAUUUUUAGAAUUCACUCACAGUAGUCAAAAUCAAGUACUUUUAUUAAUUUGUAAUAAAGUCAGAAGAUUUUGACUCAGUUGCUCUUUUUUACCCCUAUUAUUAUCUGAUGUGAGACAACUAUCUUUUGCUGUUUCUUAUUGGUUCAUGAUAACAUUACAUUAGAAUCCAACAAUACUUUCAAACAUUUAAAAAUAAGUGUUCCUCUUUCCUCCCUUGUUCUCUAGUGUGCCCAUAUAUUUUUCUGCUUCCCUUUGGCACUCAUGCCUUAAUAUUAGAUUUUCAAUCAGGCUUAUAAUUAUGGGGAACUUAUAUAUUAAAUUAUAGAUUAAAUUAUAGAUUUUCUGAGUCCUAAUUUGCCAAAGGAAUAAACCUUAUCAGACCAUGUAUUCUUACUCUGGGUUGAGAAGAUAUGACCCCCAAAUUAAUAAAUGACACUGGAAUUGAUUAGCAGUAGGAUGUGGUGGUACCUAUUAGGGGGAUUCUAUUAUAUACCAUUUUAAAGAAGUCUAGAUGUUGCUUUGCAGAUUGUCAAAUUUCCUUGCAGUUUGAUUACAUGUAAAUCCCAUCCUCUUUUUUUUUAGUUUCUUAAGAACAGACUACAUUCAGCUGCUUCUACUUGCUUGUUUAAUCAAGAGGUUAUUAACAUUUUUGCAGAAUAGCAAAAUUUUGUGCCAGUUUUUAGCUCUUUAUUUUGAACUAAAAUAAUUGAAUAUAUGUAAUCGAUACAUAACUUCAUUUCAAGCUCUUAAGUUUUUGUAGUUUACAUACACACACACACAGAUUUAUGUAGUGUGAUACUGAACAUAGUUCAGGCCCUUAUUACCUCUUGAUUGGAUCAUUAAAAUAGUCUCCUAAUUGGUCUUCCUGUCUUCAAGAUUUUUGCUUUCCUAAUCAUUUUCCACACAGGUACCAAAGUGAUUUUUCUCUUUUCAUGAAUCUUACUAUGUUACUCCUUUAUUCAUUAAAUUCUAGUGGUUCUUAUUUCCUCUAGUCUCGGAUAUAAAGAUAUUUAAAGUUCUUUAUACCCACCUGAGCCUUUUCUACCUUUCCAAUCUAAGAUUCUAUUCCCUAUAUGUACUCUUUGGUCCAUUCAUACCAGCAACAUUGAACAGGUUUCAUUAUAUAUCAAAUAUUAGCUAAUUUAUUGUGCUGAUCUCAGAAAAUGGAAAUACCUGCGAUCAACAGAUGAUUGUCAAUAUUAACACGAUCAAUUCUAUUGGGGUGUGAUAAUUUAGAAAUCUGAACAUUUUAAGGAUGAUCACAGUUUAGUAGAUGUUAGAUCCUAAGUCUGGAAAUGAUGAUGAAUGUUUUUAUCAAGUCAGUUUUUGGAAGUUAUAACUUUUAAGUUGCUUCAUAUCACAUGUGCAGCAAAGAAUUGGUGCAGUGAAAGAAGACCUUUGUAUUUUGUAACUUAAAGGAUUUGUGUUCAAAUUUUGAUUCUACCACUUGCUAUCUGAGUGAUUUUGGGGCAAACCUCUUAGACUGUCUUGGCCCUAAAUUUCCUCAUCUGUAGAAGUUUGGUCUAUACUACUUGUAAAGAUCCUUUCAGCUCUCAAUGAUGCUAUGAUUCUCUCUGUUUUAUAUCAUUGAAUUAUAAACCUAGUUUGUAAUUUAUGAGAUGCACAAUUGACAUUGUGGAUAAUAUUUAAUCCAGAGAUGGUCUUUUAUAAUUUUCUUGUUAAAAUGAUAAAUGCUAUUCUAGUUAUACUUAUUGGCUGCUUUUCUUAAAAAAUGUUAAUAUUAAUUUUGAAAUUAGAUAAAAUUUUUUCAGUUUCCUAUACUUAGAUAUGAUAGAGAAAAAAAGUGGCAGGCUGAGGAAAUGUUUCAGCCCAGAGAAUAUAAAUGCUGAAUUGGGCCUCAGUUUAAUUAACUCAAAAUGCCCAAAGUAAUGUAUCAUUAUUGAGUGUGCAGUAGUGCCCUUUUGGACAACAAUGGAAUGAGUACAUAGUUGGAAUGAAAAGAAAAGAACUGUGAAGAUGAUUUUAGGGAUUUUGUGACAAAUUUUGGAUUAUGCAGAAGACAUCUUCCAAACCUAAAAUAUCAGCAAUGAAAAGAUGAAAAAUAGGGUUGAAAUGCACAAAAGGCAUUUGUUACAGACCACCAAAGUUAAUUACAUAGAAACAAUUUUAUAUUAAUAUUAAUAAUAAAAUUCUUAAGAAUUUUGCUAAGGAACAUAAAACUGAAUAUUUUAAGUGGGGAAAAAUGUGUCACUUUCUAGAUUAGGUGGAAACAUUUUUGACUGAAUUUGUGUUUUUCAGUUUCUUACAGGGGAAAAAAACUGCUGGAUUAAUGAAAUAAUACUGCCCAUCAAAAUUUAAUGUUCCCUAUUCUGGUUGGUUUAAGUUGUAAUGAGUCUACCUAACUUGGCAUUCUACUUUUGAAGUGAAAUUCAAAGAUUACUUGUACAUCCAUUAUUGAGUCUUGAUAAUAUUUCAUUUUAUCAUAUAGCUAAAGUAAUUUACUUUGUUUCAGUGUGCUACAUCAAAGUGAUUUGAAUUUGAAUUAAAUGAAGUGGGUUCUAGGUUUUAGAAAAACACUUCUUUAGGUUUAGAAAAAACACUUGUGAAUAAACAGUUCUUUGGGUAUACAAUAUCAGUUUUUAAGAAUCAGAAACUUUUCAGUAAAUUAUAUAGGUAGUUCAAUAACUCAACCUAAAUCACUUGCCUUUUAAUACCUGCUUAGUUUUGGAUGGGGAAUCUAGAAGAGUUGGUGAAUACUGUCAGAAGAUAUAUGAUUUUAAGUGGGUUCAUCUUAGAGAAAGGUAAAGAAGAUCUGACACUUAUGUUGUAUUAUAGGCAGAUAAGUGACUUCUUUUGAUUAUUUUGGAAAUUAAUAGUAAGGAAAUUUGGGCAUGGCUUGGAAAAGUUAAAUUCCUGACUGAAUUCUCAGAUCAGUUGUGAAUAAAAUGUUAUGAAAUAGUGACUUGAUAGAUAAUGCUCACAUACAAGUAAAAUUGCUAUGGAAAUUGUAUAUUAUGGGGAGAUAUAUGGCAAAACUAGAAAGAAGGUUAUUAGAGAAAUGUUUUAAUUAUCAAUGAGAAAAAAAAUCCCUAUAGUUUAGACUCAGGUGAGUGAGUCUAAUAAUUUUUUUAGUAUAGUAAAAUCCCCCUAAUUAGCAUUUGCAAAAGUCUAAACCUGAAUGCUUCUUAUUUAGUAGCAUAUUAAAACAUUGUUUUUCAGAAGAUCAUCAAAGUCUUAAGAGUAGAAUACAAUCUCAUGUUGGUAGACUUCUGCAAGGGCCUAGGUCCAUAAUUCAUUUCUCUUAUUGUUAUUUUAUGUUAGGCCUCUAUAGUACACAAUUAACAAACGAUUUUAAUCUUCUUUUCUUUAAAAUACUAAUUUUUUGUCAUAGAUUUUUUUUCAUACUUUAUAGUGACUUUAUUUCUAGAGGUUACUUUAAAAGCCAUGUUAAUUCUAGAAGAACAUAAUGUGCCACAGAAGGUCCCUAAACAGUCAAAAACAUAUAUAGAAUAAAAGCUCCUGUACUUAGGGGUUAGGACUUCAUACCCUUGACUCAACUUAAAUAUUCUUACUUUGGACACUGUUCUAAGAAGAUUGCUUUCCCCCCUGGUCUCAGCUAAUAAGAAACAAAGUAGAAGGAUAAUGGGAGGCAACUCCCAGAGGCAAGACACCCUGGCACCUGUAAAAAAUGAGAGGUGAUGAGGGUAGCAGAAAAACUGAAAGGGAAAAAUGAGUAUCCAAAACAAUCAGCAGUCUAGAGGACUAUUUUAGUUUAGGGACAAUACAGUCCUAUGUACUUUACUAGCUUCUGUGAGCAUACUGUACUGUGGGUAAGAUGGAGUAUGACAAAGAUUGUCAUGGGCCUGAAACAACCUGAAAGAACCUUGUUGCAAAUCUUAAACUUGACUUGAGCCAAGCUGAGGCUGGGAAGGAAAGCUGAGGUUUUUAGGGUACCUUAUGGGAAAGGUGUAGGUACUGUCAUUCCGAUGGGAUGGGGUAGGGUGAUGGAUAAUUAAUAGUGGAGAGAAUGCAAAGCUUCUCAUACUUUAGUUUUUCUAUCAGAAAUUGAUUAUUAGAUAUAAAUAGUAAUGAGAAAACAGCAAUCAGCCAAACAAUGAGCAACUUUCAAGUUUCUUUCUCUGUGUCAGGUAUUGCCUUGUCCUAAUCAUACAAAGACAAAAAUGAAUCGGUCCCUGCUCUCAGGUAACUUACAUUGUAUGGGGGAGACAAUAUAUAUAUAUAUAUAUAUAUAUAUAUAUAUAUAUAUAUAUAUAUAUAUAUAAUUAUAAUUGUAUAUAAAAUAAAUAAAAGGUAAUUUGACAGAUCAUUUGAAGAAAAUGGUACUUGUUUUGGACAUUGAAAAUAAUUAGGGAUUUAAAGACGGGGAAAUGAGAAGGGAAUGCAUGUCAGAUACAGGUGACAAAUUUGUGUAGAGGUACAGAUGGGAGAUAUAAUGUGUAUGAGGAGACCGUCAAGAAGGUUCUUUUCUCUGAACUGAAGACUGGAAUGGGGAAUCGUAUAUAAUAAAGAUGGAAAAAAUAAGUGAGAGUUUGUGAGGGGCUAUAAAUGUCAAAUAAUUUGUACCUAAUUCUAAAGGGAAUAGAGAGCUUAGGAUAGUUACAUGAUCAUCACUGUGCUUUAAGAUUAUCUCACUGGGGCAGGCAGAUAGCUUAAUGGAUAGUCAUGCCCAGAGAGAUUGGAGAUCCCAGGUUCUUCUAAUCUGACUUCUGACACUUCUUAGCUCUAUGACUCUGGGGGAGUCACAUGACCCUCACUUCUUUGCCUUUUGGGUUUUUUUUUUGGCCUUUGAACCCAUACAAAGUAUUAAUUCUAAGACAGAACUAAGGGUUUUCUUUAAAAAAAGACUUUCUCAUUGGCAGCAUAUGGAUAUGGAGAAAAUAAGAGACUUGGAAUAGAAAGACUAAUUAUAUUGUUGUAAUCAAGCAGAGGUAAUGAAGUUCUGGAUUAGGGUGUUGGCUUUAUGAGAGAAGAAUGUAGAAAUGAGAGAUACUGAAUUAGAAUUGACAAGACUUUUGGACAGCUGAUUGGAUUUAGAGGGUGAAAGUCCACAUCUCCAUAUUGUGCUCUGGAAAAGAUGGAGGAUACUGGAAGGAAGUUCCAUUUGGAGUCAUAGAAUCCAUUUCACAUGUGUCUGCCUGACUGGCUUUGGCAAAAUGAAAACCUCUGAACUCCAAUUCCUAAUUUCUUAAUUGAGUAGGUUGGAUCAGUUGACCCCCAAAUGCCUCCUCAAGCUGUGAUCUAGAAUCAUAGACUCAAGGAGAUUGCUUUCACCAUUUUCUAAUUUUCUUUGAGACUGUUGGAAAAAUGGAAGAAGUACUAGGACUAGAAAGAAAAAUUUUUAUGAGGGAAGAAAAUUGAACUUGAAGCUUUAAUUCAAUAAGCCUGACUACUGGAGAAAUUUUAGAAUUAGACACUUAUUACAAAUCUUAAAAAAGGAAAUAGUAAUGGCAAAGACCCAGCAUGACUUCAUCAAGAAAAGGUCCUGCCAGACUACAUUCUUUUUUUGACAGGGUUAGCCUGGUUUAGUCUAGAGUAAAGAAGGUAACAAAAUCUCCUGUGUUGUUUUUAUGGAAAAGUUGAAGCAAUGUGGACUAGACAGUACAAUUAGUUGGAUUCCCUACCCUAGUCAUUAUUGACUCGAUGCCAACUUGUUUUGGGAUUCUGUGCUUGAUUUGGGGCUAUUAAAUAGUUUUAACAGUGACUUAGAUAAAUGAAUGUCAUGCUUAUUAAGGUGCAGGUGCCACAAAGGUAGGCAGGGGGCACUAAGAUCUUUCCAGAUUGAAGCUUUUGCCUGAAUAUAAUAAGCUGAAAUAAAAUAAAGAUAAAGAUAGUCUUUUAUUGGGUUUAAAGAAAUGAACUAUUCUAGUAUAAGAUUGGGGAUGUGUUGACCAGAUAGCCAUUUACUUGAAAAAAGAUAUGUGAAAUUUAGUGAAUAGUGUAGAAUUGAGGUCUAAAAAGAUCAUCUGAUUUUGGGCUUUAUUAAGAGAAUAGGCUUUUGCUUUAGGGAAGUGAUUUUCUUUCUGUACUCUGUUUGGAUCAGACCACCACCUAAAGUAUUAUAUUUAGUUCUUGACACUUCACUUUAUGAAAGACAUGGCUAAGUUGGGAAACUAUAGAAUGAGGCUAGUGGUUGUGAAUUCCUGACAUGAUAAUUGGCUGAAGGUACAGAGAAUGUUUAGCAUGAAGAGAAUUAGGUUUAAAGUGGAUUUGAGAGCAAUUUUCAAGUAUUUGAAGGACUGUUUUGUGGAAGGAAAGAUUAGAUGUGUUCUGUUUUGCUUCAGAGGGCAAAAUUUAGGAUCAAAGGAUUGAAAGUGCUAAGGAGCUUUUUUUUUUUUUAAUGUCAGGAAAAAACUUCCUUAGUAUCUGAGUUAUCUCAAAGUAGAAUGGGGUGCCUUGCGAAAUGGUUUGUGUCUUUCCCCCUCCCCCAACUUACUGAAGGUCUUUAAGCAAAGGCUGCAUCAGACCAUGUGUUUUAGAGGGUUUUCUUGUUCCAAGUACUGAUUAGACUAGUUGGCUUCUGAAAUGCCAUUCUAGUUUUGAUGCUAUGAUGAUUCUGAGUAGUGAAAAAAGGUUUGUGAAGGCAAGGAAGUAUGUAAGACAUUUUUAGAAGGAUAAAUCAUUUCAAGUUUCUAGUCAAAGGUGUAAGUUUCAUGCAUGUAUAUGGAAUAUUUAAAUGUUAUAUCUCCCUAAUAAUGUCAUUUAUAUGAAUAAUUAUUAAAACAAUACAACUUUACAAAUUAGUCUUUUUGUAAAUUAAUAAUGUUACUAAUUUAUGGCUUUGUAUCCAACUUUUGAACCUUUGACUGAUCCAAUAUUGAUUAAAUGUGGAGUUUUUAAAAAUUGAAAUGUCACUUUAAAAAUGGCAUAUCAGGUCAGUGGUUAUAAAUUAUAUAAAUAGGGCUUAUUUUUAUUUUUAAAUUAUAGGAAAUUUUAAAUACUAAAGAUAUAAUGGAUAUUAAGGGACUUAGAGGACAUUCAGAAGUCAUUAGGUUCACCCUGUUUAUUUUACAGAUGAGGAUAAUUUUGACCCUGGGCGGGGGAAUAGCUUGCUCUGAGUGGUAUGUAAAUUGUUAAGUCAUGAUUCAAACAUAUCCAUUCUAUUUCAGUAAAAUGCAUUUUGUUGCUUCCAAUAAUUUAUCUUCAUUGAAUUUCCGAAUGUUUGCAAAGGACAUUUGAAUUGUGGGAAGAAAGCACUUUGAUUUGGUUUUUAGAGCAAGGAAGAUAUAAUAACUAGACAAGAUGAUCAAUUUAGCCUCAAUUAAAUCAUGUUUUGAGUGAAUACCUUCAAAUUUGUACCAGCUACAUUAAUCGGUUUCUCCUAGUUUAAACCAUAUUUGCUACUAGUAUAACUCCUACUUUCCUGUUUCAUGAAAUGGGUGAAAGCUACUCAGCUAAUCAUUUUCACAUUCUGCCAAUUGAAUAAUUAUUUUUAUGAUUUUGCUUUUAUUUUAUUUUUGAUUGCUUUAAACUGCAAUUUCCAAUACUUUAUAAUUGAUCAUAUGAAAUAAAGUAUUCUAAUUAUGACAUAUUUAAAGAAAUAGGUAUGUCUAAAGUUUUAUCCCUUACACAGCUUAAUUUAAGCUCUUACCAUAAAAAUUAAAUAUAAUAGUUUUACGCUUCCUACCAAAAAAAAAUUAAAAAUAAUAAUAGUUUUAAUUUUUUAUAAGGAUUCCUUUACGCUGCAGUGAGCUAGUUGGUUGUUGAAAAGGUUUUUUGUUGUUUGUUUUUUCCUAUUAGAAAUUUGCUUGGGAGGGGGAAAAAAAGCUAUUCUUUGAGCCCAUUAGUGGGUGCUUUAAUGUGUGUUCAAUUGAAUUGUUUUAAUUCUGUUUAAGAAUAUAUAAUAUCUUUAGUCCUUUGUGUUACUGGGGCCCAUAAAUUUCAUCAGGAGGCCCAUAUUUUAGGGCAGAAUGAAGAAACAGUAAAUAAAGAUGUCAGUGUCACAGUAGAAAUGAAGAAAGAGGAGGGAUGGACAAAGAACAAAGAAGAGUAGAGAGUGAGAAAGAUGUCUACUGAGCCCAGUACUAGUGCCACCAACAACAGUUAGUUGCGUUAAGGUUAGUGGCACCAUGCCAUAUUGAUUCUUUGGUAAAUCUAGUGGUAGAAAACAUCUUUAAAAUAACUCCAAUUAGUUAAGCUAUUCUGUCAACCAGAAAUUUGUCAUUUUAAUCCUUUGCUUAUAUAAUAAUUAUUAGUAGUCAUUGGCAUUCAGAUGAAAGAUCUUAAAGUGCCUUCUAAAUCAUCAAAGAGUAAAUGAUAUAGUUUGUAUUGUAUGCUAUGUCUAAUUAUUUAAAAAUUGGGGGUCUGAAUAUAGUAUAGUCUAAAUUUACUAUUAUCGUGGAUAUAUUUUAACCCGAAUUUUAAAAAAAUGAUACGGAGUAACAGAACUCAGGUGUAUUUUUUUUUUUAAAUAUAGAGUUGAAUCUAAAACUUGGUUCAGUAUAAAAAUUUUACAUUUUUCAUAGUCCUUCAAACCUGUGACUUGGCUUGAUUUUAUUGAUACUUAUGGACUGAGUGUUUUUAACAGUAUUAGGUGUGUCAAAACUUUUUUCAAAAUUGUAAUUCAUUGAUGUGUUUUUUAAGUUAUCUCCAUUGUUAGUAGAAGUAAUGGUGUAAGCAUCAGACAUUGUUAAUGUUAAAGAUAAAUGCUAGCUAAUAAGUGCCCUAGUAAUUUGUAAAAGAUGUUUGAUGUGUAGACCAUAUUUCUUACUUGAUUGUAUUUGUGAAUGCAAAAAAAAAUUCACCAGAAUAUAUGGAGAGAAGUGAGCUGUUUUCAAUGAAUGAAACACCAUUGUGGUAUUUUCAUUUGAUGUCAUUACUGUUUUAAGCAGAACUUUGGAACUUGAAGGACUUUUGGAUCUUUUCUUUCGAUUUCCUUCUUUCUCAGAUACAAAUCUGAGACGAGCAUUUACUGAGACAAGGCCAUAUAACUAGACAUUGGCAGAAUUAGGAACUCUAUACCAGCAUGGUAGUAUAGUGCCUUUCCUAAGUACAAAACUCUGGGAUUAUGUUAUAACAAAAGACAGCCUAGUAAACUGCCUGGGAAAUGCUCAAUAGACCAUACUUUGAGAAACAGAUCUCAACUAUUUAAGGUUUCCACUUCUUUCAAGAAAUAUUCCCACCAUUUCAGCUUUCAGGAUAUGUCUAUGUAUUUUGCAGUAUGUAAUUAAGAAUGGUGAAAACUAUGUUUCUUCAGCUUCAAAUAUUUGUAGAAAUGUUGAAUGGAAGACAACUGGAGUCCAAAAGUAUUACUAAUUUACUUUCAUUUUCUAAAUGAAGAAUUACAAAUAAAAACUUAAGGUUACUUCUCAUUUACUGUAAUCCUCAAAACUACUGAUUUUUGAGCUCUGUUUUAGGUAUUUCAGUGCUGAAUCAGUAUGGAUUUUUCAAAUUCCUGUUCAUGAAGCUCAUUUUCUCUUGUCAAUAUAAUGAUGAACUUGAUUGACUAAAAUGUCCCUUGUAAUUCUAAAUGCCCAGACCUAGAGGCACAAGUCGGUAGUCUUUGCUGCUAGAGGCUGAGUGAAUGAAGCUGGUGGCUUGCUUGAGUUUAGGAGACUGAGUUGCAGGACUGCUAAAGAUUACAUUUAUAUACUAAACAUGGCACCAGUACCCUGAGCCUGUGGAGUGGAAGGCAUUAAGCAGGGUAACCUGGGCUAGUGAUUGAGACUGACUCUCAUAACAACCAUCCCAAAGUCAGCUCUAAAUCUUGAGCUUGUGUCUGCCAUUCUUUGAAUUGUCAGAAGCAGAUUGACAUGAAAGCACUAACAGUUGAGAAUAUUUUGAAUUGGAUUUAAGAAAGAGAAGUGAAAGAAAUUUUUAACAUUGUUAGAAGAUCUACUACACCUUUUUAAAAAAUGUGCUGAUUCUCAAAUGGCAUUAUUGCCCUAUAAUUUUAGAAAAUGCCACUUUAUUUGAUAUUUUUAAUAAAAUCUGAUGCAUUUAAAGUGACUUGAUUUAUAGAUAUUUGAAUUAAAAACCAUUUUGGAGAUGAUAAUCAUGAAGUGAUAGAACUUGUAUUGCUAAACAUUUUAACAAAACUAAAUAUUUGAGUUCCAUUCCUUAUAUCUUAACUGAAACAGUUCCAUUCCUUAUAUCUUAACUGAAACAAUAUAGGUAAUUUGAGAAAAUGUAGACCUUAUUAGCCUACACAUUCUCCAUACUUCCUUGUUUUCAAACAAAAGAUAUUACAAGGAAGAAAUCGAAAUGCUUAGUGUACUUUAUCUCAGAUCUUGAUUCUUAGCAUCAAUGACUUUUAAGCCUUGAAACAAUUAUUUCUUGUUUAUAUAUAAAGAUAGUUAAUUACUUGAGGUCUAUUUAUUUUGAGCUCAAUUUUAGGCUUUAUCCUGAAGAUUAUAAUGCAUUUAUAAAGUUUAUUUCUGUGGUCAAACCCAGAUUUUAUUGACUAUGCUUCCUUAGUUACAUGUCAUAGUAACUUUUGGCAUUCAUCUUACUAAUAAAUAUUCUCAUUCUUUCUCCUCCUUAUCUUCUCUCAACUCUCUUUCCUAUACUGGUUUUCACUAAUUUCUUUUUCAGAUAUAUUUUAAUUUUCAGACACUGCAUAUGGCUGUGUCAAAAUAACAGUGAAGGUAGAGGGAAGCAGGAGAAAGCGAUUCUGAUGGUUUUAAGAAUCCCAGAAUUAAAACUAUCGAAUUAAAACUACCAGAAUUAAAUUUAUGAAUUUAGCCAAACUAGUUUGGCCACUGUUUUGUGUCUGAUCUGGCUUGAUGGAACCCAAAUCUGAUUGAUAGAUUCUAUAAACUUUUCCGAGAGUGGCCCUUUUAUAGAGGGAAGUUGGUUUCUAUGCUUAUAACUGUUGACCUUAGAUUAUUCCUUAGGACCUUGGAAAUCAAAACCAUCGAAUAAGACUUUUUUCAGUUUAACAGUUGAAUAUGUACAUGUAUACUUUUUCUUUUCAUCCUUUAAUCUAUUAUCAUUUUAGUGGAUGCUAAGAAAUAUCUGAUCAAAACAUUUUUUGACCUAUAAAUCACAACCUACCUCAUGUCAUCUUGUUACUCUUACCCGGAAUUCUUAAGCAUGUUAUCCUCAUAUAAUUCCUCUCUAGGGACUCAUCUCCCAACUGGGCCUACCUUGUUAGUCUUUUAAUAUGUCUCUGCAGUACUGGUUAGCACUCAGGGUCUCUGUCACCUCUUUCUAGCAACAUGAUUGACCCUCCUUUUGAUCUUAGGCAUUCUUGAUGAUAAAUGUUACACCACUUCUGCAGGAAAAUUAUUGUUGAUGAUUUGCUUUUAGAGGGUAUACUUCUACCCACUACUUCUUUCUGUUGCUUUUUGGAUAAUUUUCAUCCUGUUGAAAUCAUGUUGUUAUGUGACUUGAAGUUAUAUGGCAUCACUGGAAUGUUCAUUGGUGCUAAAUGGCCUUGAUAUGCUGCUUUUGAGUACUAAUGUAAAAAUUGAGGAAGAAAUCAUAUAAUUGCCUUUGUGUUCUUCUAAUAUCUAGUAACAUAUUAUGACAACAAUAAUCUUAAUUUUUAUUUUUAAAAGAAUGAGAGUAUCAUACAAUGGUAUACAGGGUAUUUUUAUUUCAGAUCCUGUGACAAAUGAAAAGUCACUACUGUAAGUGUAGAGGUAACUUACCAGUGUUUUAUUGCUAGCAAAUUGAUACCCUUAUCUGGGAGAAGAUUCAGUUUGUUGUUAAGUACAUUUGCAUAUCAUUUCUCCAUAUAGCCUGAGUUGUUAUGGUUUAUACAAAAAACACUUUAAAAAUUGUGCACUGGACUCUGAAGACAAGGAUAUAAAGACUGUCUUCAUGUAUUCCAAAUAUUGUCUUUUCUUGAUUAUGAAGAUAGGCGGCAUGAUGAUUGUUUGAAAGGGUGCGAUAUUUUUUGCUUGCCCAAUGGCAAAACUGAAGUUGCCAAGAAACUCAUUUAGAAUUUAAUGGAAAGAAAGUUGACUAAAAAAACUCUCAAAAUAGAGUAGGUAGCCCCAAAGGUAUUGGCUUUUCCUUGCCUGAAGUCCUCUAAUUGAAAGCUAAAUGAACCUUUUUGGAUUGACUGGGCUAGAUGGGCUUUGAGGUUCUUUCCAAUCCUGAGAAUCUGAGUUGUUCUUUCCAAUCCUGAAAAUCUACAAAUUAUUAACCCUUUAGUUGGGGAGAGAUAACACUUACAUGUUGAUUUGUCUAGGCUUUAUCACCCAUAUCUUAUGUGUAAAACUAAGAGAGUUUGCAAUAUAGAAGUAAGAUAAGGUUCCUCAUUUCUAUUUCAGUAUAUUUUUUAGAUAAAGGCUCAGUAGGAAAUUUUUUAUUCUUACAUUACUUGAAUAUAACUUUGCUGCUUUCAAAUUCUUUAAAUUUUAUUACAUGUUGGUAAACUUCUACAUUUUAAUGACAGAAAUUUUAUUUUUAAGAAGUUAUUUUGUUAAAAAGUUUGUUGAAUAUAUUUUAGCACUUUUUAAGAUGUUAGUAUGAAGUGUGGUUAUUUGUAAUACGUCGCAGUGCACUUCAUUUUGAUGAACAUGUUGUGGGUUUAUGAAGGCCAAAAAACCAAUUUUUAAAAAUUGUUUCAUAGUUGUGGUUUUUAGAGGAAAAAAUUUAGAGAAAAAAAUCUUUCUUGAUUAACUUUGGGAAAAUAAAUAAGAGGUAUGAAUUUUGUUAGUAACUUUCUGGUUGGUGAGUUUAGUUUCAAAGUGUUUUGUUUUUCCAACUACAGUCUUUGAUAUAUUUAAUAGCUAGAGUUGUGUCAAAAUAUUUAUGUAAUAACAUAGUUCAGUUUUAAUUUGCAUGGCAUAAAAAGUUCAUUUUUCUUUGAUCCCUCACUUGAACCAGGUAGGUUCUUAUGGAUCAAAGACUAAAUAUUAUCUCUCUAAAUAUUCUCUCUCAUAUUUGCAGUAGAAAGGAAAACAUAAAUCUAUUCCAAUCUGAUUUCUGUUAUGAUCUUAGAACAGAGGAUGAUUUCAAACCAGUAUUUUGGUUAAUUUUUUUUUUGUUAAGAAUAGGGCCACAUUUUCCCCAUUCAUAUAAGGCUUAUUGCUACAGAAAUGUGACCUUGAGUCUCUUAAUUCCUCUGCCAGUAGAAUAUAAGCUCUAGAAGGUCCUAUCAAGCUGAGAAAGCUUUGCACUUGGGGCCCAAUGGAUUCUGAGUCUGUCAGAGAGAUCAGCCAAGCUCAUUGACAUGGCAGGGAACUUCUUAGCUUCAGCAACUCUUCUAGGUCAUUGGGUCAAGUCUUAGGGACUUUGUUCUCUGAUGAAGCAAACAAAAGUGUCCAUGUCUGCAAAGUCACAGACUUCUAAACGUUUAAAGUGUUAACUGAACCUAGUGAUUGUCCAACAGUAGUAAAUGGAAUAUCAUACAUAUUCUUUUAUUUAUUAAAAUAGGGUAACAUUCAUUAAAUUAUAAGAGCAAAGAAAAAUCAAAGUCAUAGCAAAAAUGUUAAAGAUGCAAAAGGAAAAAAAACAAGAAUGAUCAGCUAAGUUAAUUGAGAUGAACUGUCAUUGAAGGAAUUGGUUUGACUGAGUUCAAAGAUGAUCAUUCUACAAAAAGUUGUACUUAUAGGAUUUUUUUCCAUUAGAUUACCAUCUGUUAGAUUUUAUUCAGAGGGUGGUUUGGAGCAAGCAAACUGUCAAGUUUUGUGUGAUUUAGUUAUUCUGGUGCUGGUAGUUCACACUAUUAGAAAGGUAGCUCCAGCGCUUUUUCAUUUUUUGGCUGGAUUUUGUCUUUUCUGCUACUAACAAUUUCUUGGUUUUGUGCAUCUGUUUUAAACUUUGUUUUCCCUCUCCUUUAUAUAUACUUUAUUGUGUUGGUCAGAGCAAUAGAAUGAAGAUAAUCUAUGAAGUCUUAGUAGCAGUGUCUUCUUUGUUAGCUAAUGGUUCUAAGAUUUGAAGUUGUUGAGUAACUAGGGAAUGAUUUGCCUUUGAUAAAUUCCUUUUAUAAUCUCUUUUUGCAUUGAAAUUUUUCUUAGAAAAUGAAGAAAAAUCUUUCAAUAUGCUGUUGCUCCAUAAUCUUGGAAACACUGUAGUAGUUUAGACACUGAACCCCUAAAUUACUCUAAUGGAAAAAGCUACUUUAAAAUUCUUUAGGAAGGUGUCCACUUAUAUAUACUUAUGAAGCAGGGUUGUGUUUUUUUUUUUUUUUGCCCCAGAUCUUAGGAACUUGGGAUUUUUCUAUCCUAGGCUUUUUUGGUGGUACUUUUCAAGGUUUUCAUAUGUGGGUUUACAGAGUGAGUGGUGGGAAGGACUCACUAGUGACUUGAAAAUUAUUUUAACUAAAAUCAGUUUUCUGAUUGUCUUGCACCACUUAAGUAUACACUAGAUAGUGAAAAAUGUUAAUUUAAAAUACCAAAUUUUGUAAUACAGUUUAAGACAGUAGUUUCAGCAAAUGUUAAAAAAAUUUUGUUGCCUUUUGAAAGACUAGAUAUGGAAGAAAAUUCACUUAAAAUGUAUACAAGCAUAAAAGCAAAGAAAAUAAUUUCACUUUUUUUUAGUUCAAAAAAUUCAUUCCCUUUGAAAACUAUAACUAUAAAGAGUAUAGUGCUGAGUGGAUUAGACAAUCUAGAAUUUAAUAAAGUGGAGUGUUGCUUUUGACUUGUUGCUUCUUGUUUGACUGUUAGAAUGUCUUCCCUGCCCCCCAUAAGCAGAUAAAGAUUAACCCAAGCAGAGCUCUACCUAUAGUAUAUUUAGAAAUGGGAAAAACAUUUAGUGACUUAUAUAAAAUAUAAUGCUUCAGUGUUGAUGAGAUAAAGCUUUUGGCUCUGUCCUUGGGCAUUUUCCCCCUUGUAGAUCCUUAGCUUUUUCAUGGGAUUCCUUUUUUCUUCAAGUAUAUACUAAAGCAAUUUAUUUAUAUUUCACCUCAUGAAAUGUAAUGGGAGAGUAUCUUCCAUAAAUUACUCAAAGCAAGGUAAUUAUUUUAGAUAUUAACUUUAAAGCACCUUAAAAAUGCCAAGUAGAAAUUGCAAAGUUUUUUUAGGUAAUUUAAAGCCUAGUUUAUUUUAUAUUUGGUAAAAAAUUGCAUCAUCCUUGGAAGAGAGUUUUCCCUAUAUUCUCUAAAGGCUAAGACAUUAGUAAAUGUUAAAAGUUUUCCCUUUCUUUAUAAGGAAGUUUUAUCAUUUUGUUUUAGAUAGCAUAUGCUUUACAAAAUGCUUGAUUGCCAAGACAUUAACUUUUCCUCUUUUUCUUAUUCCAUCUGUUUCUUCAUACUUGAUGGACUUCUGCCCUUGUGACUUACUUUUUUCCCCCCUCCUGGACCUCAGUGAUCAUUUCUUUUGACAGUUUGAGGGAGUUUUCCAUAAUUAUGGUUGGAUUCCAGACCAAAGUGCUCUAGAAUCAAUAAGGAUUGAGUGAUAGCUGUCUUAAUGGUUUUGUGGUAGGGGAGUGGAGAAAUGAUCUGCUUUAGAAUUUAGAUUUGACCAUCCAGAUUUGUGAAAAACAUAUUGUGGUUGAAUUGGCAAGUUCAAAUUAAACAAGUCAUGAGUAAAAGUGGUCAUUUUAACAAGUAAUGUUGCUUACAUUGUUUAAAUGUUUAAAUAAUUAGCACUUUGUCCUCUCUUUUGGGAAUAGGAUAGUAUAUUGUAUCUUUUCAGUCCUGCUCUUACCACUCCUCUUUCUCCUCAUGACUCAAGUAUCUUCGAAGUCUCUCCCUUAUCUUCUUGCUCUCUUCAGUCCUUCAUUGCAUUUCUGUUGUUUAGAAUUACUGACCUAAGUGUGAAACCUCCUUUCUUCUUAUCCUUGUCCAGUCUAGUCAUGUCCUAGGCUAAUUCUACAUCUGUUCUCUCCCUUCCCCCUUUAAACCUGUCUUCCUACUCUGUUGUAUGGAAUCUCUGUUCUAUUAUGAAUGUUCUGUAUAUUUACCUUUUCCAUGAGUAUUCCUUCCACUUUCUUGCUUUAAUUGAUGCUUGACUUAUUUAGACUCUAUUAGGUCUAUCCUGUUCUUUUCUACUCCAUUGAUACUUCCAAAGCAUGUUCUGUCUAUACUUGUUAAGAAGUAUACUCACAGUACAAUUAUUUCAUUUUCUGCAACUGUUAUUUGGGUGCCUACCUUCCUGGAUAACUCAACUGCUUUCUUUAAACCCUGUUGGCAUAAUAUCAUCUUCAGUGACUUUAAGAUCAACACAGGAUUUUUCUUUUAACACUCUAGUUUCAGAUACUCCUUUAUUUUGUCCAUCCACAUGAAUAGCCCUAGAGUUAUGACUGAGAUUCUCUGGAGUCUGUAUAUUAAUUUAUAAUUAUUAGUAAAGGUUGGGGGGUGGGGGAGGAGAGAUCAUAUGAUCACCUGGCUGCCCUAAUUAUUCUCUGCUUUACCUGUACUAUGUCAGCUCUUCUUGAAGUGGCUGGCUGUGAGAUAAGCCAGUGUGUCCUCAAGUGUUAAAUGCAUCAUAGAAGGGAAAGAGCACAAUGAGUGUCCAGCCAGCGAGAGAACUUCAUUUGUUCCUUCUCCUGGGACUCUGGUUGGAUAGGCUUUACCAGGAUCCAUAUCUGAGUCCUGCCUUUUUGCCAUGCCACCUCAGGGUAGCUCAGGGACUUCUGCAAGACCCCUUCCCAUACUCCAGGAUGCCAGAAUUACAAGUAGUCAGAAGGUGAGGCUGAUACUGAUCAAAUAAGGAUGGAAAAAGGGGUUACAAUUUAUAUUAAAUUCACACAAAUCUUACUAUGGGAACCUAACCCCAUAAGCAGAUAAAAGUUUACCAAAAUAUGUUGUCUAUUAUGGAGAGAAGAGAGUCUUCCACCAUUUGUAUAAAAUGAAAUUAUUCAUGUUGAGAGCAAUGAGCAAUCUUGCUCUGACUUUAUUCCUAGUCAGUAUUUCUCUUGCAGCUUUUUUGGUGAGCCCCUUUUAUCUAAUUUUACAAAGCAAUUUCUUAUUUGUACUUCACCAUACCAACUUUAUCAUGAGAACAUGUCUUCAGUAACUUCAAAGUAAAGGCAUGCUUUUAGCUAUUAAAAGACAAAAUAUCUGUGAAAUGGAAAGUACAAAAUUACUUAGGAAAUUUUAAGCCUGGUUUAUGUUAUACUCAAUUUCCACCUGAGUCUCUUGGAGGAAUCUCUAAUAAUACAAUUUGGCAAAAGGAAAGAAUCACUGAAACAUCCAUUUCUAGCCACAUAUUCUAUCUUUUUUCUUACUACCAUUUUGUUACUCCAAUUUUAAUUUGCAGUUCAUUGAAUCAUAACAUAGGUGAGAGAACAGGGAUACUCUGAGAUUAAGUAAUUUGCCUGUUUUCUUUUGUGUUAUCCCGACCUAUUUGAUUUCUGUUCAACCUGAAUUCCAUCCAUUGUCAGCUAUUUCAAGUAUGUUCUUGUUAUCAUCCUAGAAUACUUUACUCUCCUUGACUUUAUAUGUCAUAUUGAUGUGAUUCUGAUAAACUGAAUCCUAGACAAACUAUACCAUCAUCUUUCCCCUUCUUUACUUUUGUUCUCAUGUUGUGAAGUGUUUCUGGGGAAAGUCAUGUAAUAACACCAAUUGUGAUUCUAUUAUAUGUAUUUGUACUUUUAGUGAUCACUAUAUGCAAACAUAAAUUAAUGCUUUUAGUUGUCCUAAAGCUGUUCUCUGUGGUUUAUUCUUGAUCUUUCCCUUCCUUUACUUUUUUGCCCUAUUGGACUGUUGACUUCUUCCUUUAUUUCUGUUUUCUUGGUUUUCUUUGCAUUCCUCUUAUGGCAGAGAUUCAUUGAUGUCUUUUCCCAUCUCCAAAUGAAGGCACAUCCUCAAGGUUCUGGCCUUUAUUCCUUGUUUUCUCCAAAUUCCCCUUUGCCUGGCUCAUCUCUUCAUUGCUUUCACUUCUCAUCUCAGGAAUCAGUGGAUUCCUGAAUCUGUUUUUCUAAAAUUGACCUUUAUCAGCAUUCAGAACAAUAUUUACAACUGUCUUUUAGUUCUCUUCACCAGAGUGCUUCUUACCAGCAUCUUAAUCUUAGCAUAUCCAAAAGCCAAAUUUUUAUUCCAAAUUGGCUGUUUCUCUUGACUUUCUUAUUUUUGUAGGUGCCAUCACUAUUUUCUCAUUCACCUAUGCUUAAAACUUUGGCCUUAUUAAAGCUCCUUUAUUUGCUCUCAAUCAGUAAUUAGUACUAUUAGUUUUACUUCCUCAGGGUUUCUUUUAUGUUCUCUGCUAGUUGUACUUUAGACUCUUUUUGCUUUGACUUUUGAGAUAGAUUUUUAGUCCUUUUCAAUACUCUCAGUAUUUUCUUCCCCAAAUCAUCUUAGAUGCUAAAGUAAACCCCUAAAGCAGAGUUUUGAUUAAAUCAAACACCUUUCUAUAGAAUAAAGUCUUAAUUCUUUAUUUUAUCAUUUGAAGUUGAAGCUUUAUUUUAUUUAUAUACCAAAUAUUAUUUUAUUUACCAAUUUUUCUGGUUGUUUUCUCCCACUGUUGCUCUUCAUUCAUCCUGUUCUUUAGACGAACUGGACUAUUUGUUCUUCCACAAAUAUUCACUGUGUUUUCUUGCCUCUUUAUCUCUGUGCCAUUUUUGCUAUUUGGAAUGGCUUCCCUCAUCUUUUGUUCAAAAUUUUGCCCAUCCUCUGAGGCUCAGCUCAGUUGCAUCUAAAUUCUCUUUCCUUCUGGUUGAAAGUAUUCUUUUUCCUUUGAACUUCUAUAAUACUAUAUACUUCUGUUAGGGCACUUAGUAUAUUCCAAAUUAUCUUACAGUUAUCUUCAUAUAUAUAUAUAUGUUCUCCCCUGUAGGAUUGUAAGUACCUUUUAUUAACUUGCACCUUGUCUUUUAUUUAUUUAUUCAUUUAUUUAUUGUUUGUGUUCUCUGUGACUCUUACCACAAGUGUCUUAAAUAUAACAGAUGCUUAAUGCUUGUUUGAAUUCAAUUAUGAAAAAUUGCCCAAGUCCUAUAAAAUAAAACCAGUUAAACAAGUGAAUUUAUUUGUGGCUUAUUUGCUACACGUUUCAGAAAACUUAACAAAAAGGGAUUUAUGUCCAAUACUCCUUGACUUAUAUGUAACUGGUCUUUUAAAAAGUACUUUAUAAUUUUGAGGUUUGUGGAAAAGAUUCAGUCAUAUCUUAUCUUCUUGUCUUGAGAUGUGACUUAAUAUUGCCUGAACUUGACCAGAUUUGCCAAAAAAAUAAUUCUGUAAGAACCCAUUUUGCCCAAUUAGCUUAAUGAGGAGUUCAUUCUCUAGAAGUUGGAGUAUAUGUUUUAUGCUUCUUCCUUUCUUAAACGACAACUAAUAGGGAUAAUUCCCGUUAAAAUAAUUUGUUGCUAACUAGUACUUCUUAUGAACUUGCUUCUGUAAGAGAUUCCUUAUGUCAGGUAUGACCUUUAGAGUAAGUCCUCAAUUGAAUCCUCAGACUGCUGAUAAAGUAUUAAGUUAUGAGGAAAUGGAAUCAUGGUUUCUUCUAAAUGUUUCUAAAAUCCUUUACAUUUCACUUUAGAAUCCAUAUUUUUAUUCAUUUAGAGAUGAGUACAUUUUCUCUGGAAAUUCUCAGUUCUACAAUUAAAGAUGCUAACCAGGGAGAAGCUUGAAAAUUAUUCUGCUUCCUUAUCUAUAUAUAUUAAUUUUUAUCACCAUCUUUCUAACCCAUGAUUUAGUAAAGUAUUUUGCUUUACUAACUUUAAGCAAAAUAUUUUCCUGAGGUCUGAGAAAUAAAAGAUUUUUCUUUCUUUAAAUAUGAGACCUUCCUUUUAAUUUCCUACUGAGUUGAUACUGUAUUAAGCAGAAGCCAACAUGUAUUUGCCACCAUUUGGAUAAUGUGGAUAAUGUGUACGAAGAGUUGAUGGUAAUUGCCUGAGAAUUUAUUAUAAUCACUUUCCAUUGGAUGGACUCAAACUUUUUUUUU